CUAUUUAUUUAUUUAUUUGUUUUUUUUUCUUAAAAUCUACUUUUCGUUCUCUCGUCUUCGUACUUCCCACAAACCCCCCUUCCCACUUUUCUGCUUUUGCCAUGGGAAUGGUGGCAAAUCUCUUGGCUAUUGUCAUGUCGGCUUCAUUUUUCAACCCCAGCUUUGCCUUCAGUUCGCACUUCGACCCUGAUGGCACUCCCUUGAGUGAGCUCUCCUGGUCUUCCUCUCUGGUGGUGGUGGCCGUUUCCUUCUCAGGACUCUUCACCUUCAUCUUCCUCAUGUUGGCCUGUCUGUGCUGCAAGAAAGGGGGCAUUGGCUUCAAGAGCUGGAGAAGCGAAUCCCGGGAGAAGAGGCUGAGGAUGGUUUUGAGGUGUCUGCCUUGCACGGGGGCCAGCACAGUGCCCAAAACAGCCUGUAAUGUAGAACUGGGGGACCCUGGGCAGCCCUCCCCCUGCCCCCUGACCAAGGAAUUCAGUAAUGCUGACGGGGAGGAUUAUCCUAGUGAAUUCUCAGCUCAAGGCUCACCAGCCACCCAGAAUGGCCCUGAAGUUUAUAUUCUGCCUCUCACCGAAGUAUCUUUGCCAAUGUCUAGGCAACCUGGGCGCUCAGUGCAGUUGCUCAAAUCCACUGACCUGGGACGCCACAGCCUGCUAUACCUCAAAGAAAUUGGCCAUGGAUGGUUUGGCAAGGUGUUCCUCGGUGAGGUAAACGCAGGGUUGAGCAGUACUCAGGUGGUGGUGAAGGAGCUUAAAGCCAGUGCCAGCGUGCAGGAUCAAAUGCAGUUCUUGGAAGAGGCACAACCUUACAGGGCACUCCAGCAUACCAAUCUCCUGCAGUGCUUGGCUCAGUGUGCAGAGGUGACGCCCUAUCUGCUGGUUAUGGAAUUUUGCCCAUUGGGUGACCUGAAGGGCUACCUACGAAGCUGCCAUGCUGCAGAGGCUCUGGCACCUGAUCCUUUGACACUGCAACGCAUGGCCUGCGAGGUAUCCUGUGGCUUGAUGCAUCUUCACCGCAACAACUAUGUCCAUAGUGACUUGGCCUUGCGGAACUGCUUACUCACAGCUGACCUUACUGUUAAAAUUGGUGACUAUGGCCUUUCUCACUGCAAAUACAAAGAUGACUACUUUGUGACCACUGACCAACUAUGGGUUCCAUUACGCUGGGUAGCCCCUGAAUUGAUUGACGAAGUCCAUGGCAACCUGCUGAUCGUCGACCAGACUAAGACUAGCAACAUCUGGUCUUUGGGUGUGACUAUCUGGGAGCUGUUUGAGCUGGGUGGCCAGCCCUACUGCCAUUAUUCCGAUCGGCAAGUCCUCACUUAUGCUAUCAAAGAACAACAGCUUAAACUUUCCAAACCACAACUUCCGCUCUCGCUAUCUGAUCGCUGGUAUGAGGUGAUGCAGUUUUGCUGGCUUCAGCCAGAGCAGCGCCCCACCGCAGAGGAGGUGCACCUACUGCUCUCCUACCUGUGUGCCAAGGGGGCUUCUGAAGCAGAGGAGGAAUUUGAGAGGCGCUGGAAUUCCAUGAAACCCGGAGGCACCGGUGGUUCAGGCUCUGGCUCUAACCACAUGGGUUUGGAGCUUUCCUCCUUCCCUCUUCUGGAGCAUUUCUCCAACGAUGGCGACGAUGUUCUCACUGUGAUGGAGACAAGCCAUGGCCUCAACUUUGAAUACAAGUGGGACCAAGGGAAAGCUGAGCAUCUCCCAGCCUCAGCCAUGAGCCCUGGUGGGGCGGCACGUUAUCAUGAGCUCUACUACGCGGCGAGCAGCAGCAGUGGGGGUGGGCACCUCAGCCUGGGAGUGUCCCCCUCUUGCUAUGAAUGUAAAAUACAGGGGUGCCCUGGUUUGCACACACCGGGGGUGGUCCCUGUGCUGAGUGCCCAUAGCCCCUCUCUGAACAGUGAGUACUAUAUUCGCAUUGAAGAGGUGGCAUCUGAAGGCAGUGGGAAUGACCUGGACUAUACUGUGUGUUCCUACAGCCCUGAGUUUAGCCGUUCUUCACGCUGGCAAACCAAGGAGGACCCCUACGAAUCCAGCAAUAGUCCCACCAUCUCACUCACCAUGGAACCCCUCCUGGGUCAACCAGCACACCCUGAAAGCCACUGGGAACCCUCUGACUAUUACUCCUAUGGAGAACAAGACAGUAAAGAGGCCCCAUACUACGAGGACUCCCUGAAGGACAGCGCUGAGGAAUAUCUGCUCAAGGAUCCCAGUGAUUCUGAGUGGCCUGGUCUAGCUUUGCAGAAAAACAUUUUUGCUGAUCCACUUGGUGUGUCCCCAUCAGUGAAUUACACCUGUGAGGAGGGUCUAUCGGACUCAGUCAUUCUGGAAGUGGCAGAGGAGGAGCGCUUGAGUGAUAGUCCUAGGAGUGAAAGAAAUGAAAACUCCGAAUCUCCCUCUUCAGGCAAGCCUUGGACACCCAACACCUCGGUCAAAAAUGAUAACGAUCACCUACUGCCAUCAUGUGAACCCCUUGCCAAAGAUAGUUGGUGCUACCGGCAUAUGAUCACUUUCCAGGGGCUAAUGGCACAGCCACUGGGCACAGUGCCACGGGAUGAGCCAGCAUUAGGGAUCAAAGAUCUGCGAGCAGCUCUGCUAGGUGGGGAACACAUGACAUCAUCAUCCCAUAUAGGCUCCCCAUGUCCAGACAGCGAUUUUCCUGCAGAGGAAAAUGUCUCAGUUGAAAGUGCUGCUACAUUGCCUGGCAUGGAAAGCUCUGCAGAUCCCUUGACAGACAGCAGAGUGGAGAGCCCACAAGCCACCACUCCAUCAUUGGGGGAAGACGUUUCGAUGGGUAUGUCAUCAACACCAUCACUGUUAUCUUCCAAGGAAGAAGCUGCCAGCAGCAUGGAGGCUAUAGAUCCAACUCUGCUGGAUGAAUCAAUAGCUGAGGUGUCAAACAUCGAAGAAGACCCUAUGGAAGAGACCUCCACUGGAUGCUCACCUAAGUUGCCACAGGAGAUCAAUAUAGAAAGUGGCAAGAACACCAGUAGCGAACAAGAUAGGACACCAGACAAGACUGUUUCCAGUGCCAGUUUCCCUGACUUGGAUGAGGCCAGUGAUGAGGACUCCACUGAUCUUACAUCUGGAGUUUUUAUUGACUUCCCAGUUGACUGCCUUGAGCAGCAAGAUAUAAUCCCCGCUUUCAAAACCUUACAGAAGCAAGUAGGGACUCCAGAUUCACUAGAUUCAUUGGAUAUCCCCUCUACCACCAGCUCCUGUGACACAUUCAGUCCCAUAGCUUAUAUAUCCUCAAGCCAGCCUAAGGCACUGGAUAGUGGCUAUGAUACAGAAAACUAUGAGUCACCUGAAUUUGUCCUCAGGGAACCUUAUGAGUCACGGGAAUCUGAAGGUUCUGAUAAGCUAGGGACAUCUGAAGAUGAUAAGGAUGAUCAAGUCAAAGAGCAGAGUCUUUCUGAUUCUUUUACUGCUGAGCUGCAGGCCUUGAAUGAGAAGAACCCUUACCGUGACUCCGCAUAUUUCUCUGACUAUGAUACUGAAGGUGGCACUCGGGAGGAUGGAGAAGAGGACAGCGAUGCUUCUGAAGAACAUGAACCGGAAGUCUCCCAGUCACACACUGAAGAACUGAAGGAAACCUCUGAACCAAUUGGCAGGACAGAUGAGCCUCUGCCAGCCAGUCCUGAACCCAUUUGUCCACAUGAAGACUGUGUGGGUUGCAUCUCUCCAGGAACAGAGGACCAGGACACGGGAAAAGACAGAGAUAUUAACUUGUCACAGGAACUGUUGAUCAAUGAAGCAACUGUUGAUAAGUUGGAUUCAAACUUAUUUCAGGAUAAGAAUCAUGGGAUCGUUGUGCAAUUCCAGGCACCAACUCUCACCACCAGAUCUUUCAUCUUGUCUCCUGUAGUUGCCAAUUUAGAGGAACCCAGGGUACGUGGUGAAGAAAAUGAGGUAAAGGAUUCAGGACAGGAGAAUGUGACAAAGAACACUGAACAACCUGAGGAAAUACAGGCAAAUGGCCAUCCCAAGGAACUUCAGAGCAACCUUGGUCUCUCGCUCAAACUGUCAGUAGUACCAUCCCAGCUGUCAUGUAGCUCCACUGAUAUUGAAGAGGAAGAAGACGACACUGAGGACAGUGAUGAGUCAGAUGAGGAGCUGCGGUGCUACAACAUUCAGGACCAGAGUGAGGAAAGUGAGGAGGAAUCACCUGCUGUGCCCAUUGUAGUGGCCGAGAGCCACAGUGCCCGUAACCUGCGCAGUCUGCUUAAGAUGCCCAGCCUAGUGGUGGAGACCUUUUGUGAUGACCUUGAGCGCAAGAAGAAAGCUGUUUCCUUCACCGAAGAUGUUACUGUCUACCUCUUUGACCAG